UUCAACGUUAGAUGGCUACUGUUGGCGGGCUUUGGGCGACCUGCCUUGGCCAUGAGCGUGCCAUUGGUAAAGAUGUCGUGAGGAUAAGCACCAGUCCCAGCGCUUUGUGGACAUCAGGAAGGCGGUUUGCCAAAUGCCAGCGUGCUGGGGCUCAAUGUAUCAUUGGAGGCUUCCUAUGCGCAAUUCCACUUCGCAAGAGAUGCCGCAGCUUUGCAAAGGGACACUUAUCUGAGAGCAAGCCUGGGAACGGGAACGAGUGCUUCAGCCCUUUCCCUGCCGGCCAUGACUGGCCUUCAUCUGGUCUUUUUGGGCUGGUAGAUAGCAAAGAAGACUUGGAACUCUACAACUCUGUCGUGCGAUUCAUUGGAACUCAUGGAACGGGGCAGUCUUGGCAGAUGCGCCAGGCCUUGAUGCCUUCUGGACAGCUGAAGUUGAAGGUGAUUGUCGAAGCGGGUCUUGGAUGGCACACGAUUCACUGGGAAGGCGUGGUGCGGCUGAGUUCGCACCUGGCGCGUGAGAGUGAGGAGAUCCAUACAAUCCUUUGCUCUUCUAGAAUCUAGACAUUGGGGAGGCAGACAUGGGUUUUGCUAUGAAGUGAAUGCACGAUCGUGUUUUCCGGCUGUGAUUUGCUGGGUUUCUGCUCUUGAACUGUCGCAUCCCUAGUUGCCUCUUUUGACCUUGUCUCUCAGCUCCCUCGCGGUCUUGUCUCCAGUCGGAUGGUUCAUAUCUUGCGAGACUGCAUGCAACUUUUCUAUGCUUCACUGCUUGUGGCUGGGUUUUCCAUAGUAAGCGGCCAGUAGGACCAGUAUGAUCGAAAUCAGACAUUUCCUGCACCUGCGACGCAGUCGUCACCAGCUGUGACCUUGAUGUGUUCUGUUUGUGAAAGACAUGAUGUUCAAACAGGAAGGAUUGAAACGAAUGUGCAACAGCCUUUCGAUGAAACUCAAGGCAAGGAGAUCGAGAGCCUCCACCUGGAAAAGGGCCAAGCUGGGCACAAGCAGAUUUUCAUUUUUCUUCAUGAAGACGAGGGCUGCGGAUCCGAAGCCAAAGAAGUGCUGCAGCAGUUUUUCAAUUCCUGUCUUGCAGAGUAUGCGAAGGAACCGCUGGCGACCACUGACGAUGCCAUGGUGGAGACCCAGGCUGAAGAGGUGGAAAAACCCAAGUUUUGGGUACAAGAAUUGGUUGAGGCGGCUCUAAGAGAAGAGGAAGCUGAGGAAUCAGAAACAGUCCAAUGGAGUAAGCUGCAGAAGGAUGAGGCAGAAGAACGUGGCUCCAGACGGCUAGGCCUGGACUUCGAUCCCCUGGCGCCAAG